AUGAAAGAAAAGAAGAUGUCGAGGAAGUGCAAAUUACUUGCAGGAUAUAAUAGCCUUACAGAUAAACACUUGGCUGGAUAUUUUAACAAUACACGGAUAAGGCGGCAUCUCUUAAGAUCAGGACUGAUCACAAGAAGUGGAAGAAUACUUUCUGAAAAAGAAUACAAACUAAAUAUCAUGAAGCGAGAUCACCAAAAAUAUAUCCGGGAGUGCUUGGCUCAGGCUAUUUUUCAUAGAGUUCUUGAUAUGGAGCGCUAUCAUCAGCUUGAAAUAAAAAAGAAACUGGAGACCUUAGCUAGGACGGAGCGAGUUCAGAGAUUUAAGGGGGAGCCCACCAGAUGGUCUACAGAAAAUAACAUGCCAUUCCUGUCUCCUCACCCACCAAUUGGCCGGAAGAGUAACCUGGGCCAUAGUGUUCUGGUUGAUGAAGGACACCCUAGUCCAUUAACACUGACAGCCCCUCGACCAUACACUGCCCCAGGAAAUAUGCAGCCUCCAAUUCGAUUGCAGCCUCUUUCCAGUAAUCCUUCAGUAGGAACUGUUCCAAAGAUAACUUCGGGGCCCAGAUCAAAAACUUCAUUGCUGGAAAAUGAAGCUCCAUUUCCUACUGGGGGCAAGAAGGCAGUGAUGAAGUUCAGAACCCCCAUGGACAAUUCACGGGGAACAAAUCUUUAUCAACUUCCGAAUAUUAACAAUUACAUGAUGCCUAUCCGUCCUCCACCUCCUCCCCCAGAUGGAAAAUUCAUGAGGGAAAACAGAGCUGAAACAUGGAGAAGGAGAAGAUUUCGUCCGACCACUGCUCCAAAUGGCUUAGAACCUCUCUUUACCAGGGAUUCAAGAAGAAUCCAUAAGACAUCGCUGCAUAGCAAUGCAGCUAUUACAAUGAUCUAUCUGGGGAAAAGUGUGCACCUCUCCUAUGAUGACUCAGACUUCCGGGAUGAAAUAAAAGUUUAUCAGCAGCACUGUGGUGGGGAAAACCUUUGUGUCUACAAAGGCAAACUACUUGAAAAAGAGACGUUUCAGUUUAUUUCCAAAAGACACCAUGGUUUCCCCUUCAGUCUCACCUUUUUCCUGAAUGGAAUACAGGUGAACAGAUUAAGCUCCUGCUGUGAAUACAAACAUCGGAAAGGCUCCAGACUUGGAGGCAGACGCGGCUACUUUGGGUUUGUGUGUGUCGAGAGAUCAUCUCCCUGCUACAAGUGCAUUAUUGCAAUGGGGCUUGACAAAAAAACAUCUUCAUCAAAAGCUAGGAAAGAAAAUGCUGAGAAAAGAGAGGAAUUGAAGAAGGAUAAGGAGAAGCUGAGGAAGGAUAAAGAGUACAUGACACGAAGAAAGAAUGAGAUGGAGGGGAACAAAACCUUGACCUCAGCCAUUUUUUCAGCUCAAGAAGAAGAAAGGGGUGUCAGAGAAGUGAGAACAGCUAUGGAAGAAAUGGAAAGUAAAGGAAAAGCGGGACAAAACGUUUGGGAAGAUGACCAGGAAAAUACAUUUAAAUAUGAAUAUGAAGAAGAUUUUGAAGUAGAUGAGGAGAAACAAGAUGGGAAAGCUAAUGAAGAAGGACAGGCUGAUGAUCAAAUGAAUGGAAUGACAAAGUCACCCUCAGAUGAUGAAAAAGAUCAUUUAGACCCUGAAAAAGACAGUGAAACCUCGUCACAGAAGGCACCAGAUGCCGAUGACAAUGGGAAAGAUGAAAGUGAUGAAUGUUCCUACAGUGAAUUGGAAGAGGAUAAACAAGAUAGAAAAACUGCUUCAUCAGCCUCAUCCAGAAGUCACCGAAAUUCUAGUUGCAGUGAAGACGAAUCUUCAGUGGAGGACAGGGAUGCCCACAAUGAAAACAGUCCAGAAGAAGGUGCCAGAAGCUCAUCUUCUCAGGAGAUGAAUGAAAAUGAUGAGCCAGGAAAAUCCCAUCUUCCAACUGGUGAAUCCCUAGAAAUUGAAACUGAAGACCAAAAACUAAAAAAAGCAAAUGUGGAGAUCAAGCCAGUGUUAAUAGAGGAAAGCUCUGAGAAUGUUAAAGAAGAAAUGGAGAAAGGGGCCCAAGUGAUUGCAGAGGGCAUAUCUGCCAUGUCCAGGGAUCAUCUUUCCAAGGAAGAAAAGGAAAAGCAUAAGAGUAAGCUUUGGGAAGGAAGCAUUGCUAAGGCAAAGGAUGAAAAGGCAGGUGCCCCUGGGGUAGAUAAAGAAGGUGGUAAGUAUGUUAGACAGAUAGUAGCUGAAUCCUUGGAACCUGGCUGCGAGAGCCACUCGGAUGCUGAGCCUGAUGUUAGCAGCUCAGAGGAGCAGGGGAAGCACUUGAAGAAGCCAGAGAUUGACACGCAUGGAGUAACUUUGUUUUCUAACCUUAUGUUUAUAGCACCAAAUGGGGAUUUAGUGGUGGAGAAAAUAACAGUACUCAACUCAAACAAGGAACCCAAGCAAGUUGCACCAGAAAUGUAUAUGCUGGAGAAGAAAGAAGCAAUUGAGGAAGAUGAAAUUCCCCAACCCAGGGAUGCUGACAUGAUAGAACGAGAAGGGGAGGCAACAUUGUGGGGGAAAUUUGGGGUUAAUGAGGUUCCCUUUGGGGAGUGGAAGACAACAGCAGCACAGCCAGCAUUAGCAGAAGAACAGUUUACUGUGGAAAGAGAGGUCCCUCAGGACAUUGUGAGUGGGGCAGGGGCAGCAGCAGAAGAAGGGGACAGAAAUCUGGGUGAAGAAGGGUUAAACUCCAUGGGAAAAGAAGCAGCAGGAGACUCUGCAAGUCUGAACGAGGAUGGGGCUCCUAAAGAGCAAGGCUUGAUGCAAAGAGUUCUUGAGACAGAUGAGGUAGUUUCUGAAGUGGAAAACGGUUCAGAGAAGUCAGCACUUGGAAGCAAGGCAGCAGCUCUGGACUUAAAGUGUGUUGAGGAGCUAGCAGCUCUGGACUUAAAGUAUGUUGAGGAGCUAGCAGCCCUGAGAGACACAGCAUCGCCUCCAGUGAAGGAAGAGGCUGAGAGAGGGGCUGUUGUGAAUGAGGCAGGGCCUGAGAAGCCAGAUGAGGAAGAAAAUGAAGAAGAAUUAUCCACAGACCUAGAGAACAUAGGACCUGUGGAAGAAGCAGCAUCCAAGAGAGAGGAUGGUCCAGAAGAAGCAAUACUUGAGGGAGAGGACCUAGCCAAAGAGUGGAAGGAAAUUAUGGGAAUGGAAACACCCUUGAGCCCCUCAAUCUCUGAGAAGGCAGAGGUAAACCAGAUGGGUUGGGAGGACAGCCCUGAAGAAGGAAGGAAGGAAAGUAAGGAAGAUGAGGAAAGGGAGAACAUCGUGGCUAAGGUAGAAUCUAAUAGGGAAGAUGAUAGGCAAGAAAUGUUAUCUGAGGAAUUAGAUGCAGCAAGAGAGAGGAAGAAAGCUGAGAGCCCAAAAACACAUCUGAGGGAAACUGAAUCUGAGGGAGAAGAGGUGAAAAGGACAAAUGAACUUAAGCAUGAAAAUGCUCUAGAAGAAGGCAAAGAAUUUAAAGAGGAAAAAUUUAAAGAGGAAGAGGGGGAAAUCAUGAAAGAAAACAGAUCUGAGGAAGAGACAAAAGCCCCCACAGAGGAAAUGGCAUCUGAUGCUAAGGAUGAAGCACCCAUGGAGGAAUCUGAAUUGACUGAAGAUUCAGGGCUGCAAAGAGAAGAUUCACUAGAAGCCAGAGGAUUAGCCGUGUUUGAAGCAGUACCUGGAUUGGAAAAGUCACUGGAAAACAUAACUCUGAGGGAAGAAGGAGGCGGGGAAAAACUAACAGAAACCAGAGACACAGAGCACAAAAGCAGAGCAGAACUGGUUCACAAGGAGAAUGUGGUGCCUGCAGAGAAGGACGAGGGGCCGCAAUAUGAUGGAGAGGAUGUAUUAGGAGCGCCUAAAAGUGAGCUGGCAGGAAAGGUGCAGGCACCAGAGGUGAUGGUCACAAGCACAGGUGAAGCUGAGGAGUAUGCAGCGAAAGAUCAAGGUUGCUUUGCAGGCUUGGAGGGGAGGGAUAAAGAAGGGCCUUUACAGGAGCGAGAAGGAGUGGGGGACAUGACCAUGACCCAAGGAGAUGUUCCUGAAGGAGACUCCAUGAUGGUAGAGAAGUUCGAGGAAGCAAUGGGUGACGACAUGGAGGAGGAGGAGCAAGAGUGCAGUCUGGGGAGAAGAGUGUUGAAGGACAGGAACACAGAGGGUGAUGGGAGCUUGGGAGAAGGAGCAGUUGUUGCUGAGGAAGACCUGAAGGAAGGAGAAAUGGCAGAAAUGGUCACAGAGAAGAGGGAGGAGUUGACAGAUAUGAAAAGAGCUGAGGGGAAAACAGUAAAUAAAGCCUCUUCCUUUCCAGAUGGUGCUGGGGUGGAAACUUGGCACAGAGUGGAUGAAUUAGUAGGAAAAACAGCUGCUGCAGAGACAGUAGUGGUAGAGGAAAUAGGGCUAAGCAGUGAGGAGUUGGCAGCGGUGGAGGAGGUGACAAUGGCAUCAACACCAGAGGUUGGGCUGGGAGCUCUGCUAGAACCUUCUGAUCUGGACGGCGGAUGUCCACAGCUAGGACGUGAUCAAGACGGAGGGGAAGAGGAAAGCACACCACGAGCGAGAUCAGUGGGAGAGGAGGCGGGGACUGGGAGCAGUGAUGGGGGUCUGGAGUCGGGAGCAGCUGAGGCAUUCAGAUUAUCAAAGGAGACAGAGUCAGAGCUGAAUAGAGAGAGUCUACAGGCUGUAGAAAAGCUUCCUGUGAAGCCUGACUUCACUGAAACCCAAGAGAAGCAAGAGCGUACGGUGCAAAGAGAAAGUGAGAAUGCAAAUGUUUCCCGGAACCACGCGAAGGUCUAAGAGACUUCAUGACAGACGGAUAUUUAAAGAAUGUAUUCUGGAAGACAUGAAGAGCGAUGAAAGAUUCACCCAGGCAUCUCACCAGGACUUUAGAUUUUUCUUUUUAAUCACUAUGCUUGUGUUUCCCAAUCUGCCAAUGCUGAUCAAUAGCACAGUAAGCACCAUGAGGAUACCUGAAGUAGACCUAUAGGACACUCCUUAGGAACCAUGGUCCCGAAUGGAGAACUGUGAGGCCACUACAGAUUUGACACAGCUGACACACCUGUAUUCCAAUCAAAAGGAUGGUUUUCAAAAUGUUUGACUUUCACCAAAGAUCCACCUGAAAGACCUCAUCCUGACAUCUGGGGUUUAAGUUCCUUUUUAUUUUACAAUCAAAUAUUAGUCCUAGAUUCCUGUGUAGGAGUUUUAUUUAAAAUCUCUGGGUUGGGGCUUUAAAUGACUAUGAAAAUAAGCUCAAAGAGUUGUUGCAUGUAUAAUCAAUACUAAAAAUUGUUCCAGACCUGUAAGUCCUUCCAGAAAAGGAUUCUAUGGCAUGCAUCUUCACUUACACUUAGAAACAGUGAUGCUUUUUAUUUUUGUCAGAAGAGUAGUUUAGAGUGGAAACAUUAUUUGAGAAUGCUCUUUGUUUUUUGUGUUUCUAGUUCUGCUUGCCCCAGUGAAAAGGGUAACUUGUAGCAUUUUAUCCCUGGGGGUCUUAUUUAUAGGGACACUGGAAUUUAAAUCGAAGUAGUAAAUAAUUUAGCUAAGUGAGGGUGAGUAUAAUAAUUAUAGCAGGUAAACAUAGUACAUCAGCAUAUAUAUGUCAGCAUUGUAGAGACUAGACUGGUUGAUUGCAUUCAAAGGAAAAGAAACUUGGAUUAAAUUAGUGUGCCUCUCACCUUGCAGAGUUCUGUUAUUUCAAACCUGUAAACUAACCCUGCAGUGCAUUGUCAAUCAGCAGUCACAAUCACUUUCUAAAUUACCCCUGAUAUUGUUUCCUAGUUGUGCAUCAGUGUGCCUCCUAAGGAUUUUGAUUUCCUUGAAGACACUCUUGUUCACAUACCAGUACCUAGAAAAGAGCACAUGUGUGAGAAGAUGAAAGAAAGAGAAUUUCCUAAAGCAGUAAAUCUCUAGCUGCACUACACAUUAGAAUUUCAUGGGGUACUUUCAUAAAUGACUUACUCCCAGUCCCCAUUGCAGAGAUUCAGAUAUAAUUAGUUUUAGAUGGGCCUGGGCAUCAGUAUAUAUUUUUUAACUCUUCAGUUGGUUCUACUAUGUAGUCAAAGCUGAGAACCAUUGCCCUAAAUCAUCAUACAGUCCAUGCUGGCUGCCUGGUGUACUUUAUCCCUAAGGCCCAGGCAUACAAUCUGUAUGGUGUUUUUCCUUUUAUUAAAUAAUGGAACCAUUUAAUGAUCAAAGAUAAAAUAGCCCAGUGGUUUUCAAAAUUGGUACUUCAAUCAGUAGCAUAAACAUCACGUGGUACUUGUUUGAAACACAAAUUCCUGGCCUCAAGCCCACAUCCUAUGGGUGGAGCCCAGCAAUUGGUGUUUUAACGAGCCCUCCAGGUAGUUCUGUGUAUGCUUAAAUCUGAAAACAGCUGUCAUGGACUAUUAAUUGUAUUGAGGAUUAGUCUCAGUUGGAAAACUGGUUGUGGAAACAGUGUGUGAACUUUCUCCCUUUGUCUCUUACUGGCUCUCUGCCUCUGCCUCUGUCUCUCUCUUUUGCUCUUUCCUUUUCUCUCUCUUUGGCUCUCUCUUCCCCGCCCCCUCUGUUUUUCUUCUUUUCUCUAAACCCAAUUUGAUUAUGACUGCAAUGAUGUGUAAUGUGAAGUCCCUCUUCCCCACCCUCUAUUGAAGGAUGAGCAUCAGUAAUUUACUGUCAUAGGUGUCCAUUGUCUGUGUUUCCUUUUAUAAGCAGAGUUCAUUUACAUUGCGCCCAAGUUCAUUAAUUACUGAGGUGGAUGACUGUGGAGCUCUCUAACGUUUGCUCCCUGAUUUCAACCUCAAUGUUACAAAGCACUUUUGAGUAUAUAGCACCUUAUGGGAAAGAUUUUAGAUGUGUUGAUUCCAUUGAAAACUGAGUUUUGUACAAUGUGCUAAGUGGAAAUUGCAUUGGAUUGUUUUUAUAUUUAACACAUUCCAUCAAAAACAUUCUGUAACAUAAUUCUACAAUCUGCAUGUGGGUUUAACUGUGAAAUUCAGUGUUGUGGUAUUUUGAUUAAGCGAAUUCUUUUCCUCCAAAUACUAUAUUGAUAAAAUUAUUUCUGUGUUCAACUGAACUGUAUUUUUUUCCUGGUUUCUUCAGUAUUAAAAACAUAAAUAAAUCAUAUGUUUACAGAUAAGACAUGUGACUGGUUCCUUAAAAAUAAGACUAGACUUAAAAUCUGCUUUUGUUCUUUCCUUACAAAAUUUGAACUCCUUAAAGCACAACAGAGAAAAUUAAUUUUAUUGGACUGUGCUUUUGAGUAUAUGUUUUAUAUUGACUUUUAAAAUUUGUGUUCUGAUCUUUUACAUUUAUAUGUCUUUCACAUACGUGAGAUAAUCCCAGGGAGGGAAAAUUAUUACAUCAUUUUUUAGAUAAGUAAAUAGAAGCUCCAUAAAGCUAAGCGGCUUGUCUAAAAAUCAUGGUCAAUCUCAAGCCUUCUGACUUUAAACUCUAUUUUUCAUCAUAUACACUACCUCCUAGAAAAAGAAAUAUUAAAUAGUUACUAUUUUUUUUUUAAGAUACUACAUGUGGAUCUCUACAUUUUUAUAUUCAUAUAUAUAUAUUAAAAAAAAAGAAAAUCAA